AUGGCCAAGCCCACAAGUAAAGAUUCAGGCUUGAAGGAGAAAUUCAAGACUCUGCUGGGGCUAGGAACGUCACGACCACACGCCAGGUGUGCGGAGGGCAAACAGACGGAGUUCAUCAUCACGGCGGAAAUCCUGAGAGAACUGAGUGUCGAGUGUGGUCUGAACAAUCGCAUCCGGGUCAUAGGACAGAUCUGUGAAGUAGCAAGAACGAAGAAAUUUGAGGAGCAUGCCGUGGAAGCGCUUUGGAAGGCUGUUUCAGAUCUGCUGCAGCCGGAGCGGCCACCGGAGGCCCGUCAUGCAGUGCUGGCCCUGCUCAAGGCCCUCGUGCAGGGCCAGGGAGAACACUUGGGGGUGCUCCGAGCACUCUUCUUCCAAGUCAUCAAGGAUUACCCCUCCAACGAAGACCUGCCUGAGAGACUGGAGGUGUUCAAGGCCCUCACGGACAACGGGAGACACAUAACCUACUUGGAAGAAGAGCUGGCUGACUUCGUCCUGCAGUGGAUGGGCGUUGGCUUGUCCUCAGAAUUCCUGCUGGUGCUGGUGAACCUGGUCAAGUUCAACAGCUGUUACCUGGAUGGAUACAUCGCGUCCAUGGUUCAGAUGAUCUGUCUCCUGUGCAUCCGGACUGCUUCCUCCAUGGACAUUGAGGUCUCCCUGCAGGUGCUUGAUGCGGUGGUCUGCUACAACUGCCUGCCCGCUGAGAGCCUGCCUCUGUUCAUCAUCACCCUCUGCCGCACCAUCAAUGUCAAGGAGCUCUGCGAGCCCUGCUGGAAGUUGAUGCGUAACCUCCUGGGGACCCACCUGGGCCACAGUGCUGUCUACAACAUGUGUCGCAUCAUGGAGGACAGAGCCUACAUGGAGGAUGCACCGCUGCUGAGAGGAGCCGUGUUCUUUGUUGGCAUGGCGCUCUGGGGAGCACACCGACUCUACUCCCUGAAGAACUCCCCAACAUCGGUGCUACCGUCGUUUUAUGAGGCUAUGACCUGCCCCAACGAGGUGGUGUCCUACGAAAUCGUCCUCUCCAUCAGCAGACUCAUUAAGAAGUACAGGAAGGAGCUUCAGGCUGUGACCUGGGACCUCCUGCUGAACAUCAUGGAACGUCUGCUCCAGCAGCUUCCAAGCCUGGGGAGCCCGGAGCUCAGAACCGUUGUGCAUGACCUGCUGACGACCGUGGAGGAGCUGUGUGACCAGAACGAGUUCCACGGCUCCCAGGAGAGAUACUUUGAGCUCGUGGAAAGAUGCGCAGACCAGAGACAUGAAUCCUCCCUCUUGAACCUGGUGUCCUUCAGGGCCCAGUCCAUCCACCCGGCCAAGGAUGGCUGGAUCCACACACUGCAGCAGCUCAUGGAGAGCUUCUUCAGGAGCGAGUCCCGCAGUGCCGUGCGCAUCAAGGUCCUGGACGUCCUGUCCUUCGUGCUCCUCAUCAACAGGCAAUUCUAUGAGGAGGAGCUGAUCAACUCCGUGGUCAUCUCCCAACUCUCCCACAUCCCAGAGGACAAAGACCCCCAGGUCCGCAGGCUGGCCACCCAGUUGCUGGUGGACCUGGCAGAGGGCUGCCACACACAUCAUUUCAGCAGUUUGUUAGACAUCAUCGAGAAGGUGAUCGCUCGCUCCCUGUCCCCGCCACCUGAGCUGGAAGACAGAGAUAUCCCUGCCUACUCGGCCUCCUUGGAGGAUGUGAGGACUGGGGUCCUGGGGCUCCUGGUCAUCCUUCAGACCAAGCUUUACGCCUUGCCGGCGAGCCACGCGGUACGUGUUUACGAGCUGCUAACUCAGCAUUUGCACAGGCACUAUCAGCACACGUACAGCCUGCCCGUCGCCAGCAGCAUCCGGCUCCAGGCUUUUGACUUCCUGCUGCUGCUCCGUGCGGAUUCACUGCACCGCCUGGGUUUGCCCAACAAGGAUGGUGUUGUACGCUUCAGUCCCUACUGUCUCUGUGACCACACGGAUCCGGAGCGCAGCUCUGAGAAGAAGAGCAGUGGCCCUCUCUCACCUCCCACGGGGCCUCCUGGCCCAGCAGCUGUUGGCCCUGCUGUUCGGCUUGGCUAUCUGCCCUACUCCCUGCUCUUCCGCGUCCUCCUGCAAUGUCUGAAGCAGGAGACAGACUGGAAAGUCCUGAAGCUGGUGCUUAGCAAGCUGCCUGAGUCUCUGCGCUACAAAGUCCUCAUCUUCACCUCCCCCUGCAGCGUUGACCAGCUGUCCUCUGCGCUCUGCUCCAUGCUUUCAGGCCCCAAAACCCUAGAACGGCUCCGCAACACCCCAGAAGGCUUCUCCAGAACCGACCUGCACUUGGCAGUGGUUCCGGUUCUGAUGGCGCUCAUUUCUUACCAUAAGUACCUGGACAAGAGCAAGCAGCGAGAGAUGGUGUACUGCCUGGAGCAAGGCCUCAUCUACCGCUGUGCCAGCCAAUGCGUGCUAGCCCUGGCCGUGUGCAGUGUGGAGAUGCCCGACGUGGUCAUCAAGGCGCUGCCUGUGCUGAUAGUGAAGCUGACCCACAUCUCAGCCACGGCCAGCAUGGCGGUCCCGCUGCUCGAGUUCCUGUCCACUCUGGCCCGGCUGCCGCACCUCUAUAGGAACUUCGCUGCCGAGCAGUAUGCCAGUGUAUUUGCCAUCUCACUGCCCUACACAAACCCAUCCAAGUUCAAUCAGUAUAUUGUGUGCCUGGCUCACCACGUGAUCGCCAUGUGGUUCAUCCGGUGCCGCCUGCCCUUCCGGAAAGACUUCGUUCCCUACAUCACUAAGGGCCUUCGCUCCAACGUCCUUCUGUCUUUCGACGACACCCCUGAGAAGGACAGCUUCAGAGCUCGGAGCACCAGUCUCAACGAGAGGCCUAAAAGUUUAAGGCCGGCCAGGCCUCCCAAGCAAGGCCCGACUCACUCUCCACCUGUGAAAGAGCGCAAGGAGGGCUGCGCGGCUGAGGUCUUCCGGUGCCGCAGUAUCAGUGUGUCUGAGCAGGCGGUGCGCAGUAGGAUCCAGACCUCUCUGACCAGCUCCAGCCUGGGCUCUGCUGAUGAGAACUCGGUGGCCCAGGCAGACGACAGUUUGAAAACCCUUCACCUGGAGCUCACCGAGACAUGCCUAGAUAUGAUGGCCAGAUACGUUUUCUCUAACUUCACAGCCGUCCCCAAGAGGUCCCCCGUGGGAGAGUUCCUCCUUGCUGGAGGCCGGACCAAAACCUGGCUUGUCGGGAACAAGCUGGUCACCGUGACGACGAGUGUGGGGACUGGUACACGGUCACUGCUGGGCCUGGACCCAGGGGAGCUGCAGGGGGACCCAGGACUGAGCUCCGACCCUGGCAUGCACGUGAGGCAGAUUAAGGAGGCGCCGGCCAAGCUGGAGUCCCAGGCUGGGGUGCAGGUGUGCCGCGGGGCCCGUGACCGGGUUCGUUCCAUGUCAGGGGGCCAUGGCCUGCGUGUCGGGGCACUGGAAACUCCAGCUUCCCACUUCCCAGGAGGCUCCACUUCUGGGCCACAGAUCCCUCCAGCCACGAAGCCCGAAAAGGCCUCAGCUGGUGCCCAGAAGCCGGCGCCAAAGCAGAAGACAAAUUUGGCAGCCUAUGUCCCCUUGCUGACUCAGGGCUGGGCAGAGAUCCUGGUCCGGAGGCCCACAGGGAACACAAGCUGGCUGAUGAGCCUGGAGAACCCGCUGAGCCCCUUCUCGUCGGACAUCAACAACAUGCCUCUGCAAGAGCUCUCCAAUGCACUGAUGGCCGCUGAGCGCUUCAAGGAGCACCGGGACACAGCUCUGUACAAGUCGUUGUCGGUGCCAACCGCCAGCACCACCAAGCCCUCGCUCCUGCCCCGGGCCAACACAGUGGCCUCUUUCUCCUCCCUGAGCCCGUCCAGUGGCCAAGGCAAGCUGCACAGGAGCGUUUCCUGGGCAGACGCCGCCUGCUUUGCCGGCGGGACCCCAGCCCCGAGCCGUGCGCACCCCUGCUCUGCCUCCCCAGGCCAGGGCCCCCAGGUGCGGCAGGGCAAGAUGGCUCCUGCGGGCAGCUGGUGGACUGUGCACGUGGGGGCACGCGGGGCUACACCCACUCUCGGCUGCUGCUUGGGCUUGCCGGCACCCUGCCACCGGCCUAGGACAGGACCCUCCGGCAGCCACGGGUUUGCCUUGGACGUGGAGCCAUCCUGCAGCCUCCGUGGGGUACCACCAGCUCCACAGGCUGGACAACCUGGACACAAGUCAGGGGAUGAUUCCCCGGCGGUUCUGGAGGAGGGACAUCUGAGCGAGGGCAUCUUGCCCAGCGAACCCUCUGAGCUGGAGAACUUCGAGGCAACCACAGGGCCUGACAGGUGCUUCCGGCACGCUGGCGACUACAGCAGGUCUUCCUCGACGUCCAGUCAAGAAGAGAAGCUGCUGCCCUCCGAGGAGCUAGUGCCUGGGAGUAUCCCCAUCGAGCGGGCUGUGACCUCUGGGGGCAGCCAGCCCUGCGUGGACCUCUCCUUCCAGCCCUCACAGCCCCUGAGCAAGUCCAGCUCCUCCCCCGAGCUGCAGACAUUACAGGACGUUCUUGGGGACACUGGGGAAAAGGCUCGGUCACAGUCGGGGACACUAGAUGGUGAGAGUGUAAUGUGGCCAGCUGCAGGUGAGGAGGGCCAGGCCCGAGUUCCUGCCCAACAUGAGAGCCCGCUGUCCUCGGGCUCCCCACGGUCCCCAAGUGGCCUGCGGCCUAGAGGCUACACCAUCUCCGACUCGGCCCCGUCCCGCAGGGGUAAGCGGGUGGAGAGGGAUGCCUUCAGGAGCCGAGCUGCCGCCUCCAACACCGAGAAGGUGCCGGGCAUCAACCCCAGCUUCGUGUUCCUGCAGCUCUACCACUCCCCUUUCUUUGGGGAUGAGUCUAACAAGCCGAUUCUUCUCCCCAAUGAGGACUCUGUGUGCCUGCAGUCCUUCGAGCGGUCUGUUCAGCUCCUCGACCAGAUCCCUUCCUACGACACACACAAGAUCGCCGUCCUUUAUGUGGGAGAGGGCCAGAGUGACAGUGAGCUGGCCAUCCUGUCCAAUGAGCACGGCUCAUACAGGUACACGGAGUUCCUCACAGGCCUGGGCAAGCUCAUCGAGCUCAAGGACUGCCAGCCAGACAAGGUGUACCUGGGCGGCCUGGACGUGGGCGGAGAGGACGGCCAGUUCACCUACUGCUGGCACGACGACAUCAUGCAAGCCGUCUUCCACAUCGCCACACUGAUGCCCACCAAGGAUGGAGACCGGCACCGCUGUGACAAGAAGCGCCACCUGGGCAAUGACUUUGUGUCCAUCAUCUACAACGACUCGGGUGAUGACUUCAAGCUGGGCACCAUCAAGGGCCAGUUCAACUUUGUGCACGUGAUCAUCACCCCCCUGGACUACGAGUGCAACCUGGUCUCAUUGCAGUGUCGGAAAGACAUGGAGGGCCUGGUAGACACCAGUGUGGCCAAGAUCGUGUCUGAUUGCAACCUGCCCUUUGUGGCUCGCCAGAUGGCUUUGCAUGCCAAUAUGGCUUCCCAGGUGCACCACAGCCGCUCCAACCCCACUGACAUCUACCCCUCCAAGUGGAUCGCCCGCCUCCGCCACAUCAAGCGACUACGCCACCGGAUCCGGGAGGAGCACUACCUGAACCCUAGCCUACCGCUGCUCCCUCCCACCCACACCAAAGUCCCAACGGAGCCGGUGCCCACCUACGAGACGGGUCAGAGAAAGCGCCUCAUCUCCUCUGUGGAUGACUUCACGGAGUUCGUGUGA